AUAAACACAACACCUAAAACGAAUGCCAAAAAUCCGAAAUACGAGUCGUUGUGUUUGCAAGCUCUACGUAGAGUUGACAAAUAAUAUUCAAACAAUAGUUUGCUUAGUUUCGUUUCUAAACUUGUAAAAAUGAAAAUUACGCGACAUCAAACAAUACAAAAUUAAAUAAAAAAGAAAAACAUAAAUAAAAGUGGAACUGUAUAUCUAAUGAGCACCUUGCUUAGCGUUGCAUUUCGGCCAAUUGCAUAACUUCCACCGCCACCGCCACCACCACCACCGUUUUCCUUUAUACCUCUUUCAAACUUCAAACCCUCUCUUUCUUAUCCACUAAGGAACCAAUCACACUCAGCAAAACAGCAAUGGGUUUGCUUUCUAACAGGAUUGAUCGAAACAGCCUUAAACCCGGGGAUCACAUCUACUCUUGGAGGACCGCUUAUAUCUAUGCCCAUCAUGGUAUUUUUGUUGGGGACAAUAAAGUGAUCCACUUCACUAGGCGUGGUCAGGAAGUAGGAACGGGGACUGUUUUGGAUGUUCUGUUAGUAAGCUCGGGACCUACUCGAUCGCAUGUACCAUGUCCUACUUGCAUUCCUCCUGAAGAAGGCCAUGGGGUUGUCUCCUCGUGUCUAGAUUGUUUCCUUUCAGGUGGCAUCUUAUAUAGGUUUGAAUAUGAUGUCAAAGCCGCCCUUUUUGUUGCAAAAUUGCGUGGUGGGACAUGCACUCUCGCUGUAUCAGAUCCCGAUGAAACUGUAGUCCACCGAGCAAAGUACCUUGUCGACAAUGGGUUUGGGUUCUACAAUGUGUUCAAGAACAACUGUGAGGAUUUUACUAUAUACUGCAAAACAGGGCUAGUAGUAAUUGACCAAGUGACAAUGGGUCAAAGUGGGCAAGCAGUAUCGCUGAUUGGGGGCCCACUAGCUGCUGUUCUUUCUUCACCUUUGCGAUUUUUAACCACCAGUCCGUAUGGGAUGGCUGCAAUGGCUGUUGGUGUAUACUGCACAAGCAGAGUUGCAGCUGAUAUUGGUAUGAGGAAGGAUGUCAUGAAGUUGGAGGUUGAGGAUCUAACAAGGCGGUUAGCUUUGGGUGCGUAUCAGGUACUCACCCCCGAUCUUCCAGCCCCGCUUGUCAGCUGAUCGUGUUUGUGUUUUGAUGUUUUAAUUCUAUAACAAAUUUCUAAGUCAGUACCUGAUACCAAAAACCAAAUGAACUCCUAAUGGUUUACUGGGUGUCAGUUUAGUUGACAACACUGUUGUACGGAGUAUGUGAGAACAUCGCGUUGUGCUGUGACCUGUCUGGGUUUAAUGGAAACUGAUCCGUUGCUUUA